AUGGCUGCCAACUGCUCCUGGGAGGCCCAUCCCACCAGCAGGAACAAGAUGUGCCCGGGCGUGAGCGAGGCCCCCGAGUUCCACAGCCGCGGCUUCCUGACCAUCGAGCAGAUCGCCCCGCUGCCGCCGCCGCCCGUGGUGAACUACAUCUUCCUGCUGCUCUGCCUGUGCGGCCUGGCGGGCAACGGGCUGGUGCUCUGGUUCUUCGGCUUCUCCAUCAAGCGGAGCCCCUUCUCCAUCUACUUCCUGCACCUGGCGGGCGCCGACGUGGGCUACCUGGCCAGCAAGGCUGUGCUGUCCGUGCUGAACGCGGGCGGCUUCCCCGGCGCCUUCGCCCGGUACGUGGGGGCGGCGUCCCGCAUCCUGGGGCUCUGCGGCUUCCUGGCCGGCGUGAGCCUGCUGCCGGCCAUCAGCGCCGAGCGCUGCCUGUCGGUCGUCUUCCCCGCCUGGUACUGGCGGCAGCGGCCCAAGCGCCUGUCGGCCGUGGUGUGCGCGCUGCUCUGGGCCCUGUCGCUCCUGCUCACCGGCGCCCACAACUACUUCUGCGUGUUCCUGGGCCGCCAGGCCUCCCGGGCGGCCUGCACGCACAUGGACAUCUUCCUGGGCGUCCUGCUCUUCCUCGUCUUCUGCCCGCUCAUGGUGCUGCCCAGCCUGGCCCUCAUCCUGCACGUGGAGUGCCGGGCCCGGCGGCGGCGGCAGCGCCAGCGCUCCUCCAAGCUCAACCACGUCAUCCUGGCCGUGGUGUCCGUCUUCCUCGUGUCCUCCAUCUACCUGGCCAUCGACUGGUUCCUCUUCUGGGCCUUCCGCAUCCCCGCCCCCUUCCCCGAGUACGUCACCGACCUGUGCAUCUGCGUCAACAGCGGCGCCAAGCCCGUGGUGUACUUCCUGGCCGGGAGGGACAAGUCCCAGCGGCUGUGGGAGCCGCUCCGCGUGGUCUUCCAGCGCGCCCUGCGGGACGGCGCCGAGCUGGCCGAGGCCGCGGGCGGCACGCCCAACACGGUCACCAUGGAGAUGCAGGGCCCCUCCGGGAACGCCUCCUGA